AUGGCGAGGCUUGCGCUGAUUACCUGUCGUUUUACACGGUGCGCGCCCGUCGGCGAUGCGCGGCGACGGCUGUUUGCGACGGCAUCGACUAGCCCAGGCGGAGGCCGCAACGGCAAUAGCAACGGCAGCGGCAACGGCAGCGCUGGCGCUGGCCCGACCGCCACCAACUCGCCGCCCCCGCACCUCGACAACCGCGUCAAGAUCGUCGAGGUCGGCCCGCGCGACGGCCUCCAGAACGAGAAGAAGUCCAUCCCGCUCGCUACAAAGAUUGACCUGAUUGAGAGGCUCGCGAGGACCGGCCUGUCGAGCAUUGAGGCCGGCGCCUUUGUGUCGCCGAAAUGGGUGCCCCAGAUGAGCAAUUCGGGCCAGAUCCUCCAACACAUCCUCCAGCGCGACAUCCCCUCCCGAACCCCCCUGACCUUCUCGUUCCUCGCGCCCAACAUGACGGGCAUGAACGACGCCAGCGCCAUCUUCGCCCGCCACCCCACAGCCUUUGAGACGGAGACACAGCGGGCGGCCAGCGCGGCGGCAGGGAAGACGACGGCCGAGACGACGGGGCAGGCCAGCAAGCCGGCGUUCGAAAUCGCCGUGUUCGCGGCGGCGACCGAGUCGUUCUCGCAGCGCAACCUCAACUGCGACAUAGCCACGGCGCUGGCGCGGUUCGCGCCUGUCAUCCAGGCGGCCAAGGACGGCGGCCUGCGCGUGCGCGCCUACAUCUCGGUCGUGCUGGGGUGCCCGUUCGAGGGCCGCGACGUGGACCCGCACCGCGUCGCCGAGCUGGCCACGGACCUGCUCGAGAUGGGCGCCGACGAGAUCGCGCUCGGCGACACCACGGGCAUGGGCACGGCGCCCCGCACCCGCGCCCUGCUGGCCUGCCUGCGCAGCGCCGGCGUCCUCCCUGAGGAUCUUGCCAUGCACUUCCACGACACGUACGGCCAGGCCCUCGUCAACACGGCCGUCGCCCUCGAGCACGGCAUCCGCACCUUUGACGCCGCCGUCGGCGGCCUCGGCGGCUGCCCCUACAGCCCUGGCGCCACCGGGAACGUCGCCACCGAGGACAUGGUCUACUUCCUCGAGAGCCUCGGCAUGCGCACCGGCGUCGACCUCGACGCCGUCGCCGACAUUGGCGCCUGGAUCACCCGCGAGGUCGGCAAGCCCCACGAGAGCAGCGUCGGGAAAGCUGUGAUUGGCGCCCGCUCGAGGGCCGGCAGUCCGGAGACGAACUAA